GCCAGUAACGUGAAAGUCAUCAACUUGUGGACAGCCGGAAAACCAUUUCUCGCCGGAAAAAAUGGGCAGUUCAGAGUGCCAUGUAGCGGUCCUAGCCUUCCCGUUCGCCACCCACGCGGCCCCUCUACUGAGCCUCGUGGAGCAGCUCUCCGCCGCCUUUCCAAGCGCACGGUUUUCUUUCUUCAACAAUCACGACUCAAACUCCGGUCUGUUCAGAGGGCGGAACCCGGCGGCCGGGAAAGUGAAGGCGUACGACGUGUGGGAUGGGACUGUCGCCGGCGAGGCGUUGGUCACUCACGAGGAGUUCAUCAUGGCGAUGCCGGGUAAUUACGUGAAGGCCAUAGCGGAAGCGGAGGCGGAAACGGGGACCAAAUUUGGGUGUUUCUUGACGGAUGCGUUUCUGUGGUUCGGCGGUGACUUGGCGGCGGAAAGAGGCGGCGUUCCUUGGAUUGCUCUUUGGACUGCCGGAGCUUGCUCUAUUUCUGCCCACUUGUAUACCGAUUUUGUUCGUAGUUUAGCCGCCGCCACUCCAACCGCAAACGGAAACGGGUUGGAUCAGAAGCUGAAAGUAAUCCCAGGAAUGUCAGAACUAUCAAUCGGCGAAAUGCCGGGAGAAAUUCUUGCCAAGGAUUUGCAGGCGCCAUUCCCCGGUAUGAUUUACAACAUGGCGCUAAAGUUACCCGGCGCAAACGCCGUCGUCCUAAACUCUUUCCAGAACCUAGAGCCCACCGUCACCGACGAUCUCCGAUCAAAGCUGCAAAAGGUGUUCAACAUCGGCCCGAUGAUCCUGCGGCAGGCGGCGGCCACACCAAAACCACCCAUAAUCUCCGACGACCACAACUGCCUUCCAUGGCUAGACAGUCUCCCACCCGCAAGCCCCCCGGCGGUCUAUCUGAGCUUCGGGUCGGGCCUAACCCCGCCGCCGGACGAAAUCGUGGCCUUGGCAGAAGCGCUGGAAGCCAAAAGGGCACCCUUUCUCUGGUCCCUUAAACCGCACGGCGUCAAGCACCUGCCGGAAGGGUUUCUUGAGCGGACCAAAGAGUUCGGGAAGAUCGUGCCGUGGGCCCCGCAGGUACAGGUGCUGUCACACCCCGGGGUCGGGGCGUUCGUGACACAUUGCGGGUGGAAUUCGACUCUGGAGGCAAUAUCGUUCGGGGUGUGCUUGAUUUGCCGCCCAUUCUAUGGGGAUCAGCAAAUAAACAGCAGAUUUGUGGAGAGUGUGUGGGAAAUUGGUGUGAAAGUUGAAGGUGGGAAAUUUACCAAAGAUGAGACAUUGAAGGCCUUGAAUGUUGUUCUGGAUAGUGAUCGUGGGAAGCUGCUAAAAGAAAAUGUUGUGAAGCUCAAAGGGGAAGCUAUGGAGGCUGUGAAACCCAAUGGGAGCUCUACCAAAGAUUUCCAAGAAUUAGUGCACCUGCUUAAUGGUUAUUUUUGAUAAACUUUCAUUGCAUGCAUGCACCAAAAGGAGAGUUUGGUUUAAAUUAUUCGGAAUAAUAAGCAAGGUAAUAUUGCAUUAUAAUAUUAAAAACAAUGUGUUUGGUUGAUAUUAUCUAUCUUACAUUUUAAAGAAAUGUCACAUUUCUUGUUUUGAUGAAGGGUGAUUGCUAGAAAAUUUUAAAGUUAUUUAAAUUGUCCAUAUUUAUUAAA